UCUGCUUUACACAUCUCCUGUACGAUUUUACGCCUCGUCAGAAAGUUGUCAGGUAAAUACGUCAUGAUUCCAGAACAAAGUGUCCUCAACUACCUGGAAAUGAACUCUGGGAAUGAACAGUUGUCCGUAGCAACGGUGUGUAGAAUUCCGAAAGAGAGUCGGUCCCGCAGAAGAAAACACUUUUGAGCAGACUAAAACAGCUCAGUAAAUCUCCCAAAAUGGUUAGGGAGCUGAACAUGGAUACGCAGCGUCAAAACUUUUGGAAAGAGUCGAUCAACAAGGAAGCAUAUGUGAGGUUAGCGUGGCACACAAGAUUUUCCAAAGAAUUUGCCCGCGAUCCGGCGGCCGCGUCUUUAGCUUCCAAAUCCCGUCAACAAGAGGGUCUGAAAAUCAACGCUCUGGAGGCGUUCAAACAAGAAAUGGAGGAAAAAGAAAAAGAGAAAGAAGAGAAGGAGAAAAGCAGUCAAAAGAAGCUGGAAGAGAAAGCAAAAACAGAUCCUGAUGCGCUUCUCGUUGAAAUGCGCCCAGUUUCCAGCGGUACAAGAAAAUUGCUUUAUGAUGGAUUCAGCGCGCUCGGUGGUGGCCGCUAUGCAUAUUUACAGCAGAGAAAGCAGAAAAAACCCGAAAUGAAGUAUGAAUUUCCUAUUACCAGUUCUUGGGAAGUUGGAUGGAGACUUCAGGACUGUGUUAAACAACAAAAUUCACCUUCAUUUGGUCGAACUCGAGUGAUUCGGGACACGUUUUACCGACCCAACGGUAUUCUAUACAAGGACACUUAAACUUGUUGAUCAAUCAAGUUUACUUUACUUUCCUUCGAGAUUUUUGUACCUUAAUAUCUCGAUACCAGUCUUUAAAAACAGACAAUGCUUUUGUAAUAUACCGGUGUGCUUUUAAUACAGGAUGACAGUUUCUCAAUCAAGACAAUUUAACUUAUUAAUUUAGACUUCAAGAUGUUAUUCAACAUAAGACCUUUGUCGUAACUUUAUAUCCUUGGCAAAUUUGAUAACAAGCAAUAUCAAAGAUAGAGCAGUUAUAUAUUAAGACUUAGAUUUUAAUUGGUGAGUUUUCUUAAUAUAUUGUUGAUUUUCACAAAGUUUUGUAUCCUUGCAGAAGGUUUGGUGAUGGUGUAUUUACUUGAGACACAAAGGAAUGUUUUGGAUUUUUACAGAAUAAAACGAUUAUGUCACGCGUGAAAA